AUGGCGGCCACGGUGGUAGCGAUGACGGCGGCGGGCUGCGCCGGGGCAGGGGCGGCCCGCUCUCUCUCCCGCUUCCGAGGCUGCCUGGCUGGGGCGCUGCUCGGGGACUGCGUGGGCGCCUUCUACGAGGCGCACGACACCGUCAGCCUGACGUCAGUCCUGCGUCACGUGCAGAGCCUGGAGCCGGACCCCGGCAAGCCGGGCAGCGCGCGGACAGAAACGCUGUACUACACAGAUGACACUGCCAUGGCCAGGGCCCUGGUGCAGUCCCUGCUAGCCAAAGAGGCCUUCGACGAGGUGGACAUGGCACAGAGGUUUGCGCAGGAGUACAAGAAGGAACCCGAUAGGGGUUACGGGGCUGGCGUGGUCACCGUCUUCAAGAAGCUCCUGAGCCCUCAGUGCCGAGAUGUCUAUGAGCCUGCCCGGGCCCAGUUUAACGGGAAGGGCUCCUAUGGCAACGGAGGUGCCAUGCGGGUAGCCGGCAUCGCCUUGGCCUACAGCAAUGCCCAAGAUGUGCAGAAGUUUGCCCGCCUCUCGGCCCAGCUGACCCAUGCCUCCUCCCUGGGCUACAAUGGGGCCAUCCUGCAGGCCCUGGCCGUGCACCUGGCACUACAGGGCGAAUUGUCUGGCGAGCACUUUCUGGAGCAGCUCCUGGGCCGCAUGGAAGAGCUGGAGAGUGAUGUGCAGGCCCUCUCAGAUGCCAGGGAGCUAGGCAUGGAGGAGCGCCCAUACUCCAGCCGGCUGAAGAAGAUUGGCGAGCUUCUGGAACAGCCCACGGUGACCAGGGAGGAGGUGGUGGCUGAGCUCGGGAAUGGCAUUGCUGCCUUCGAGUCGGUGCCCACCGCCAUCUACUGCUUCCUGCGCUGCAUGGAGCCCGACCCUGAGAUCCCCUCCGCCUUCAACAGCCUCCAAAGGACACUCAUCUAUUCCAUCUCCCUGGGUGGGGACACAGACACCAUUGCCACCAUGGCCGGUGCCAUUGCCGGCGCCUAUUACGGGAUGGAGCAAGUGUCCGAGAGCUGGCAGCAGAGCUGUGAGGGCUAUGAGGAGACAGACGUCUUGGCCCAGAGUCUGCAUCGCAUCUUCCAGAAGACGCCCUGAAGAGCCACAGCUGGUCGGCCCUGCCUUGGCCGGCGGAACCAGCUACAACUCACUUCCACUUCGGAAACCCUGGGGUUCCUCCGCUGGGGCCCCCUGGGGGCUGGGGUCUCUGGGUGAGCUCCCGGGAGCAGGAAGGGAGGGACCGUGCCUCGCUGGGGCUGCCUCCUGGUUUGUUGCGGAGCCCCCAGCUCUCCCCAGUGCCUCAGCCAGAGGCCGUGGGGAGCCAGGCCGGUUUUA